AUGUCCCAACCAGUUGCCGUCGUCACCGGUGCAUCGUCGGGCAUGGGGCUCGCCGUGACGAAACAUCUGGUCGCGAAAGGAUGGCGAGUCGCCAUGGCCGAUAUCGAUGCAGAUUCUGGACGGAAAGUUGCUGCUGAGAUCGGUGACCAAGUGCUGUUUUGCCGCACAGAUGUCACCUCAUACCCCCAACAAGCAUCUUUAUUCGAAACGGCCUUUGCGUGGGGAGGCGACAGGCUCGACCUGUAUGCUGCGAAUGCUGGGAUUGCCGACACGCAAUUCCUCUGCAACAACGAUUACCGGUACGACGAGAAUGGCCUGCGGCUCCCUGUGAGCCUCCAGACCCUGGAUGUGAACCUCACCGCAGUCAUCCAAGGCGUGUGGCUGUUCAAACACUACGCCCGACGGAACAAGGUCGCCGGCGGCAAGGUCGUCAUCACCUCGUCUUCUGCAGGGUUAUAUCCCAUGGAGUCGGACCCCAUCUACACAGCCUCCAAGCACGCCCUGGUUGGGUUGACCAGAGCCCUCGGGCCGGUGCUGCAGCGGCAGAAUAUCCAAGUGAACGCCAUCUGUCCGGCGUUUGUGCCCACGGGUCUCUGCCCGAAAGAGAUGCUGGGCCGCUUUCCAAAGGAGCAUAUGAUACCUUCCUCGAAGACGAUGGCCUUUCUGGACAGACUGUGGAACUGA